AUGCCAUCAACAAAACAAAGUUUUGUGUCAUAUAAUAAAAACACAACAACGAAUACUACACAAGUAAUAAGAAAUACAAUACCACUCUUAAAAAGACAAAGGAUAUACCAAUAUAUUAUUUCAUAUCUAUCUAUAAAAAAGUACUUAAGGAAUACAUUUUGGCAAAAAGAAUCAAAUUUUUGUAUUUUUACUUUUCUUCCUGAAGAACUUCUUUACGACAUUCCAGAGUCAAAACAAGAUUUAUACACUCUUUUCCAAGGGUUUUUAGUUAGUUUUGAUGAAAAAAGCAGUAUCAGAAAACCUAAAACAUGUGAUUAUACUGAUAAAAAAAAAAUAACCGAGAAUGAAUUAAAAAACCCAAAAGACCAAGAAAAGAACGGUUUUAUUUUGUUGGAUCCUAAAAAAAAAAAAAAUAAUAUUUUAAAUGAUAUUAAUACCCUAAAUAUUCAAAAAGCUCUUAUAUCUUAUAGAAUCAAGGAAAUUAGUGAAAAAAUGACUGUAUUGAGUAAAAUGAAAUCAGAGUCGCUUGAAAAGCUUCAAAAACUAAAAAAUCUAGAAAAAGAAACAAUAAACAUAUUAUGGGAUUCAGAGACUAAAAUUAUGGAUGAUAUUGGAUUAAAAUACCCAACAAAUAAAGGAAGCAUAAUUAACAUACAAUCGCAUGAUACAAAUAAUUUUAAAAAGAUCGAAUUUAUGUCAAAAAAUAUCUCUGGAAAAUUAAAUAAUUCAAAAUUCAAUUCUAGAUCAGCCCAAAAAGAUUCUAUAUAUAUAUUUAAUGAACAUUUUAAACCGGGGUCAAAUAUUAAGAGUUGGAAGUCGCAUACAGAAACUAUUACAGCAAUUGACUUUGAUAUACCUUUUGGAACCAUGGUUACAGCUUCUCUAGAUGAUAAAGUAAAAAUUUGGAAUCUUUUAAAUGGAGAAUGUCUUGGUCUACUAGAAGGACAUAAUGCUUCUGUAAAAUGCUUACAAUUGAAAAAUAAUAUAGUCGCUACCGGUUCCAUGGAUGCAUCAAUAAAAUUAUGGGAUUUACAACAUACUGAAUCCUACAAGACGGAUCAGCCUUUGAAAACAUCUAAUUAUAUAAAUAAAAAAACAGAAUCAAAUAAUACAGCAGCUUUUUCUAUAAAAGAACCUAAGAACACACAUAUAUCACAUUUUAGUACAAAAAAAAAUACAAACAAUUUUUAUAUAGCUACCUUAGAAUCACAUAUGGACGAAGUUACUGCACUACACUUUAUUAGAAACAUUCUUGUUUCUGGUUCUAGUGACAAAACUUUAAGGCAAUGGGACCUUGAAACAGGAAAAUGUGUACAAACCUUAGAUGUUCUCUGGGCUGCUGCUCAAUGCAACACUUUGUCGUCAUCUCUAAACAGCUUUAAGUCAAAAGCAUUUUUUAAAAAACAUGAAUAUGAUUUCGUUGGCGCUAUUCAAUGUUUUGACACCGCUUUAGCAAGUGGUACCGCAGAUGGAAUGGUUCGAUUGUGGGACCUUCGUAGCGGGUUAAUUAUAAAAACGCUUCUUGGUCAUACAGCUCCUAUUACAUGUCUUCAGUUUGAUAAGUAUCAUCUUAUUACAGGUAGCAUAGAUCGAAGCAUAAGGAUAUGGGAUUUAAGAAUUGGUACAUUAUACGACGCAUUUGCAUAUAAUAAUGCAGUAACAUCAUUACAUUUUGAUACCAAAAAGAUUGCAGUUUCAGCAAAUGAACCUAUCAUUCGGAUAUACGAUCGGAUUGAGGAAAAACAUUGGGAUUGUGGCAAAGUCCAGGAUCCUAAUGAUUAUGGAAAUAUUGUAAAAAAAAUUCGUCACAAAGAUGGUUAUUUAAUUUCAGGUCGACAAAAUGGAGUUAUUAAUAUUUAUGCCUGCUAA